AGCGCCGAGCUGCCGAUCGGGCUUCCUGGCAGGCGCAGGCGGAAAAAGCGAACACCGAGCUGCUGUCGCCAUCUCCGGGUCUCCAAACGCCCCAGCGAAUUUUAGCCGGCUGAGCCACUGACAUCAACUUCCUCAUUAGACAGGACCUUCUCUGGGCCCUGCUUUCACCAUUUCUAGACUUCAUCAACCAACAAGCUCGCCUUUAUUUAUCCCUCCAGUAGCUCCCGCAGAAUUAAGGUUUCUGUGCUGUAGCUGCCAGGGCCUGCAGGAUGUUUCACGGGAUCCCGGCUACUCCUGGCAUUGGAGCCCCUGGGAACAAGCCGGAGCUAUAUGAGGAAGUAAAGUUGUACAAGAAUGCUCGGGAGCGGGAGAAGUAUGACAACAUGGCAGAGCUAUUUGCGGUGGUGAAGACAAUGCAGGCACUGGAGAAAGCAUACAUCAAGGACUGUGUCACCCCUAAUGAGUACACUGCAGCAUGCUCCAGGCUCCUGGUCCAAUACAAAGCUGCCUUUCGACAGGUUCAAGGCUCAGAGAUUAGCUCCAUUGAUGAAUUUUGCCGCAAGUUCAGACUGGACUGCCCACUUGCCAUGGAGAGGAUCAAGGAGGACCGACCCAUCACUAUCAAGGAUGACAAGGGCAAUCUCAACCGCUGCAUUGCAGAUGUAGUUUCGCUCUUCAUUACAAUCAUGGACAAGCUGCGUCUGGAGAUCCGUGCCAUGGACGAGAUUCAGCCAGACCUACGGGAGCUAAUGGAGACCAUGCACCGGAUGAGCCACCUGCCUCCAGACUUUGAGGGCCGCCAAACAGUCAGCCAAUGGCUACAGACUCUGAGUGGAAUGUCGGCCUCUGAUGAGCUGGAUGACUCCCAGGUUCGCCAGAUGCUCUUCGAUCUGGAGUCAGCUUACAAUGCCUUUAACCGCUUCCUACAUGCCUGAGCCUCAUCGAGGAGGCAGUGAGACUGAUGGAGAUGUACCACCCCAGCUCCCCAGUACCUAAGCCUGUCCUAGAUGUCUAUGUUGUCAGAA